UCGAGAGACAAGAAGGGAGGCUGUCCAGAACAUUGCCACGCUGCUUCCCUAUCCCUCGCCUUGGGCCUCCUCCCUUGUGAACACACAGAUGUCAGAAACUGAGCUGGAAAAGAUAAAAGUCAGAACAGCUGAGCAUUUUGAAAAUGACAAAAAUAACAUUUCUUGGUUGAAGGAAGGAUUAUCCAGUUCAAUUCCAAGUCCUCUGGAAGACCCUGAUGUGCAACUCACAAAUGAAAAGCAGGCAGAUGAGAAAGCCAUUAAUGCUAUCGUUAUAAAUUCAGUAUCAGAAUUCAAUAUCACAGAUGGACCAGCCAAGGAAACCCCCAGUGAGAAAAAACUGUCAGAAUCCAGCAUAUCACUGUCCUCCCUUGAAGAAAGGCAGACGAAAUUUUCCUACCUCCAAACUGAUACUUCAGUUCAUCCGAGAGACACUGAUGAGGACUGCGCCUCCCUUAUCCUCGCCUGUCUGUUCUGCCAGUUUUUGGAUUGUCUCCUGAUGCUCCCGGACACGUGUGAAACUGUGUGUAUCAAUGUUUGCUGCCCCUCUCACAGGUACCAUCACACCUCAGAUGAAAGCCACUCCCGGAAUGACUGCAACUGCAACUGUGACAUUGACUGCAGCCUUUUUGAAUGUCAUGAGACCAGUGAGUGUCUGGAGCUGGCCAUGGAGAUUUCAGAAAUCUGUUAUCGUUAGUGCCACAAAGGGACCACAUUCAGGCAGACCUUUUGGCCCUCAGGGGAAACUUCAUGACAAUGAGCCUGUGAUUUUCAUGUGCUGAAAUGUAAGGACUGUACACAUUUCUUGGAUGCUCUAGACCAUUUUAUUCUGCACCUGUCUGGGAAAAAGCUAGUAUUGUCAACUCAAUGGUCUUGUUCCAAAUUUCCCUACCGCAUGGCUCGCUGAAAAAUCAGAUCUUGAUCACAUGUGAUGAACAAAUCUUAAAUACUUCUUAAAUGCCAUAGGUACAAGAUGUUUCUUGACUGCAAAAUAGCAUGCAGAACCAUUCUGUGUUAUUGCACUCAUUGGCUUGCAUCAUGGAUUCAACUUCAUUCACAAAUUCAGGACAAAUUAGUGCAUUCUUUUAGAACUGACAUACAUUAGCUUGUCUUUCCAAUGGACUCAUGCAUAAACAUUAUGCAUUGUUGGUUAUUAUUAAUAAUGUAUUGUAUAACAUCAUUUUGUAAUUAAAAAUUUAUUUAUACAGUCUCUUAAAAUUCACUUAUAUGUACAGUUUAGGUAGGAAAGGGAAUUAAAUGAAUUAGAAACCGUGUUCCUGUAAUUACAACAGAUGUCUCUAAGACAUAUCCAGUGAAUUUUGAAUAUGAUGUACUUCGAGAGAGUACUGUAAUUCUAGACCAUAUUAUUAUAUGCUUAUGACUAUGUCAUAACAGGUUAUGCAUAUUCUUAAUUUGUUACAGAAAAUCUUUUUUUUUAUUCUAAUAAGCAGAAAUGGGACUUAUGUGCAACUUUCAAGAAAAUGACCCCAGAUCGUCAAUUCUUCAUUUUCCUCAUUUCUGUUUGUCAGGUACAAUAAGCAACAGGAUAUUAAAACAGAACCAGUUCAUUUUACUAAAUGAUCAGUUGUGUAGGAACCCGAAAGAAAUACAUGUGCAGGUACUUAUUCAGCACUGAGUUUCCUAACACAGAAUGUGCUUCAGAAACCAUAUCUUUUUUUCCUUUUCUGAAAAUUCAAGUGAUUCACAAUUAUAUUGAGCACUUCCUUAUAUUUACAACAAAUCUUUGUAAGAUGUGGUAUAAACUUAGAAAGCAACUUUUGACUCAAACAAGUUAAAACAAACAAUUCAAACAAAUUAAAACAAUUUGUGGGGGUUGAAGUCACUUGAAUUUUCUUUAGUCUCUGUAGGCAUGGCACUGCUCACAAACGUGUUCUUAAAUAUUCUAAUGGCGCUAUCUCACUACCUUCAUCAAGUGUAAAAAAAACACACUUUAUCAAUAAACAAAGAACACAAAAGUGAAAUGAGUCAAGGGAACUUUUAUGAUCUAGACAAACAACAACAACAACAAAUUCCAAAAUAUCUACCUUUGCCUGACUUUGGCAACCUGGGACAAAAGGCACACUUGGUUUGUGUCUGUAGCCAACUAGCACAUUUGUCUACUAUGCAAUAACUUUCUCGAAACACUGAAAACUCUUAAUCUUCUGAAAAUAUUUUAAACUGCCCUUAUAAAAAACAUUGAACUGUUCUUGUCUUGUUCCUGGUAACCCAGUGUAUCUACGGCUACUGCAGGCUUCGUCCCUGUUCAAUUAUCAUGUUAUGCACAAAGCACAGAGCAAGACAGAACCCAACCUUAUGAAACACUAUAGUCUCAAUUCUUUCUAGAAGCUUAGAGACAACUGUAUGUAUAGAACUUGCAGAUCUUUAGGAUGGAAAAAUAUAUACUAUUAAGAAGGGGACCUAAAGUAGUUGUUACCCAAUAUUUUCAUAAGAGAAAAACAGUCCCCCAAGUACUGACUGAUCCAAGAUCAUACAGUAAUUUAAUGGCAGUGUCAGAAACUCAAAGCGGUGAGUUCUAAUGGCCAUGCAUUACCCCA